GCUCGAAGUCUCGUCGACACAAACAGCUUACGCGCCUGUCACCCACUGCAUCCACUAACGCCGGUUUAUGGCGCCGUCAGAACUCCGGGGCAUCUGCGAUUGUGACAUUCUCUCUUUCUAGUGACACUUUCACCUUCGCUGUUGACUCGCACCUUCGUUGAAUUGGCCGAACAGCCGCCAUGGCGUCAAGCUCCACCGAAACGACUCCCUUGGUCUCGUCCAUGUCGAGCUCAAGCCGAGCGAUACCCCCGAAGCCACAGCGCACCGUCACCUUCAACCCAACCGUCACAUCUACUAGUCCGAAACCACCAGCGUCGCGAUCACUAUCGCACAGUGCCUCGUCUUCCGGCCAUGCUGCCACUACCCAGGGCGGGCAGCCGAUGCUGUCGACGCUGAACAGUAAGCUGCGAAGGAGAAACAGCUCUGGUGCUCCUGCCAGGAUACCUCCCGCGCCGGUGCCCAAGAUUGGACCGCAGCGAACGACGAGGACUGCGCAGAAGCUCAAGCUGCUCCCUGACCCGGCCGCGGAUGAAGCCGAAGACGAGGAGAGUGGACGCGAUGUCUAUGUACAAUACACCAGGAUAAAGGACCCGACUGCGCGAAGAGAUGCUGCCCGCCUCGGCAAGGCAGACAGAGAGCGGUUGCCCAGGGUGACGGCAUACUGUACUGCGGCCUCGUACAAGCUUGAUGACAUGAUGCGAUUCUUGAAAGGCAAGCAGAAGAUCAGAGGAGCGGCGCCCAAGCGCUUCGACGAAUGCAUAUACUCGCCCUACAAUUACGGAUCGACAAAGGGCCCAGAGGACGUCAGCAGCACGGCCGUCCUCGACGGCUUCACGGAAGAGAGACCGAGAAGGUUCUCAGACAGUGCCAUUGAGGUGGAACACGAGAAUGAGAGGAGGAGACAGGACCUCAUCGACUUGCACGACGAUGGCGACGCGCCGGAUAUCGCGAACGAACAAGCCAUCGGCCCCAGACGGCCGUCGAUCGCCCACGCCGACUCUGACCCCCAAAUGGACGCGCCAGACUUCGAUACACGCGUCCAUACGCCCGAGGUAUUCUUAUUUGAAUACGGCACUGUUGUAAUCUGGGGCAUGACGCUGCAAGAGGAGAAGAAGUUCUUGAAAGAAAUCGCCAAGUUUGAAGUGGACAAGCUCGGCAAAGAUGAGAUCGAGACGGAAGAGUUCAACUUCUACUACACGCGCGAGUACCAGGCCCGGAUAUACAACGACUUCAUCAGUCUGCGCGACAAGAAGAACUACAUGAUCAAGCUUGCAAUUAGUCACGGUCUUUCUCAGAGUGUCAAAACCUCGCUUUUCGAGGACCUGGUAGAUAACACUAUCGACGAGACGAAGGACAUUCCGGCCGAAAUCGCCAGCUCUGGCAAGAUUAACCUGAACAAGAAGCAGAUCAACAUGCAGAUUGGAGAAUUGUUCAUUCUCCGGAUCAGUAUCCAUCUGCAAGGAUCGGUUCUUGAUGCGCCCGAGCUCAUGUGGGCAGAGCCGCAGCUAGACCCGGUAUAUCAAGCUGUGAGAAGCUAUCUGGAGAUGGACCAAAGAGUCAGUCUCCUGACUGAGCGACUCAACGUCAUCGGAGACUUGCUUGCUGUCUUGAAAGAUCAGUUGACCGUUACUCACGGCGAAUUGCUUGAAUGGAUUGUCAUCAUUCUCAUCUUUGCUGAAGUUCUGGUGGCUGCCAUCAACAUUUUUGUCGACCUGCACGCUGCGGACUAGACUGCACGUGCAUUGUAUAUAUUUCCCGGUGUACGAUAUAUUGUUCACUGCGCGCGAGGGUUGGGCUUAUUCAAAAAGUCAAAUGCACGGCGUUGGCUAUGCGGGUAUCUGUUUAUUGUUGCAGCAUUAUUCCUUAUCAUGAGGGUGGAAUGUGGCAGGCUAUGAGUAAGGGGAAACGAUGAAUUAGUGGAGUAAUACAAGUGGGUGUUGCAUUGUUAAGCUAUCUAUCACGCAC